AUGGCUCAUUUGAACGCCUACGCCUCCAAGGACGCCCUUGCAUCAGCCCUUCUCGCUUUCAUCGUCGAACGUCAAAGCCAGGCUAUUAAUCGCCACGACAGAUUCCAGGUCGCAGUCUCCGGUGGUUCUUUGCCUUCCAUUCUCGCUCAAGCUUUGCUCUCCGAAGAAGCUGAAGGUCAAAUCGUCUGGGAUAAAUGGCAAAUCUUUUUCGCAGACGAGCGAGCUGUCCCACUAGACGACGAAGACUCAAAUUACGGUCUCCUCAAAAAAGAAUUACUAGACAAGCUCCCUGAAGGAACUGCUCAACCCACCGUUGUUCCAAUCGAUACCGAUUACCUCGAUGACACCCAGGAGUUAGCAGACCAGUACGAACAAGCCCUCGUCCGCUACUUCGCUCCACGGGACAGCGUCUUGAAGCCCAUCUUCGACCUCUUGCUCCUCGGAUGCGGUCCAGAUGGUCAUACUUGCAGUCUCUUCCCCGGCCAUGAGCUUCUCCGCGAGAAUGAUGCUUGGGUAGCUCCAAUUGAAGAUUCUCCAAAGCCACCACCAAAGAGAAUUACCUUGACAUUGCCUGUUAUUAAGCACGCUAUCAAGGCUGUCUUCAUAGCCACCGGUGCAGGCAAACAGGAUAUCUUGAAACAGAUAUUCGGUGAUCCAGAGGGAGGACUACCAUGCACCUUGGUCAACCAUGUUCUGGAAGACAAGGUCACUUGGUUCGUUGACUACCCUGCUGUCGAAGGCGUCACUUAUCACAAAAAGUCUCUACUUUAG